AUGAAUUCACUAUCAACACUAUCACGGGCGCGAUCACUUCGGGUCACUACGCGGCCUCAGACCGUCCUGUACUUUGCGAUUCGCUCCUAUUCGGGAGUUGCCACGACUUGCCAUGGCCCGCCCAGCUUCCAGCGACGUUCAUCACCAUUGACCUACACAACGAAACGCCCCAUUUCCUCAACCCCUCACCCCCAGAUCAAGGAGUACUUCCCCCCACCCGAAAAUUCAGCAGUCAAAGAAGUGGACUCGGCUUGGGCUCAUCCAGUUUACACCGAGGCACAAGUGCAGAGUGUACGAGUGGCACACCGUGAAGCUCGAGACUGGUCCGAUUGGGUUGCCCUCGGAACCGUUCGCUUCUUCCGUUGGGGCAUGGACUGGGUGACGGGAUACAAGCAUCCUGAACCGGGUCAGCAACUUUCAGAACGGUUCAAAAUGACAGAACAAAAGUGGUUGACCCGAUUCGUCUUCUUGGAGAGUGUGGCGGGUGUACCUGGCAUGGUGGGCGGGAUGCUGCGACACCUCCGCAGUCUUCGAAAGAUGAAGCGUGACAAUGGAUGGAUCGAGACUCUGCUCGAAGAAGCUUUCAAUGAGCGCAUGCACCUUCUCACGUUCCUCAAGCUGGCCGAACCGGGCUGGUUCAUGCGCCUGAUGGUCCUCGGUGCCCAGGGUGUCUUUUUCAACGGAUUCUUCCUCGCAUACUUGAUCUCACCCCGUAUUUGUCACCGAUUUGUGGGAUAUCUCGAGGAGGAGGCCGUUUUGACCUACACCCGUGCCAUCCAAGAGCUCGAGAAUGGUCAUCUCCCAGAUUGGGACAAGCUGGAGGCCCCCGAGAUUGCCGUGCAGUAUUGGAAGAUGCCCGAAGACAAGCGCACCAUGCGGGACUUGCUGUUUUACGUCCGUGCAGACGAGGCCAAGCAUCGCGAAGUCAAUCACACCUUGUCAAACCUGAACCAGGCGAUCGAUCCCAACCCGUAUCAUACGGAGUAUCGGAACCCAGCUCGCGAUCAUCCGUCUCGAGGCAUCGAGAACUUGAAGGCGACAGGCUGGGAGCGAGAAGACAUCUUUUCGUGA